CCUCUCCGAUCAGAUCAGCAGUGCGUCCUUCUCCGCCUCGGAUUUCGUGUGACCAGCAGCCCUGAUUGGAGACCAGCCGUCCAGCACACCAGCAGAGCCAACAUUAAACCCAAACAAUGACAUUCUUACAGCAGCGACAGAGGCUUACAUUCAUUUGACAACUUCCUUACCCCACACCUUGCCUCCGCCGCUCCUUGCUGUUAAGUGCCCAGUUCCAGCUCUCUGGCACCUUUCUCCCAGCCCGUCGAUCCUAAGGUUCAACGGGACCAUGAUGCUUAGCAGCUCUGUAGAGGUGCCCAGCCCGGGCGGGAUAAGUGGCCUCAGCGGGUUGAGCGCGGCGGCACGGAACGUGGUGCGCUCCUCAAGCAUCUCGGGGACCAUGUACAACCUGGAAAAGAGUCCCAGCAAUGGAGCUCCGGAUACGGCGUCAUUGGCUGGGAAUAAGAAGCGGCGCUCCAGUCUGGGUGCCAAGAUGGUGGCCAUUGUGGGGUUGUCACAGUGGAGCAGAAGUACACAGCAACUUAACCAGCAAGAUGGUGGAAUGAAGAAGCUCCGCAGCACCAUCCGGAGGAGCACAGAGACUGGAAUCGCUGUUGAGAUGAGGAAUAGGGUGACGCGGCAGGGCAGCAAGGACUCCACCGAUGGCAGCACCAACUCAAACAGCUCAGAAGGAACGUUUGUCUUCCCCACCACUCGCCUGGGGCCUGAGAGUCAGUUCAGCGACUUUCUGGACGGUCUUGGCCCUGCCCAGAUCGUAGGCCGACAAACACUAGCUACACCCCCUAUGGGGGAUGUUCAUGUAGGUAUGGUAGACAGAGGAGGGCAGCUGGAGGUGGAGGUGAACCAGGCCAGAGGGUUGACUCCAAAACCAGGCUCCAAGAACAUACCAGCAACCUAUGUGAAGGUAUACGUUCUGGAGAACGGGAUGUGCCUGGCCAAGAAAAAAACCAAAGUAGUAAAGAAGACUCUGGAUCCCACAUACCAGCAGGCUUUGUUGUUUGACGAAAGUCCUCAGGGCAAAGUCCUACAGGUCAUAGUGUGGGGGGAUUACGGGCGUAUGGACCACAAGUGCUUCAUGGGAAUGGCCCAGAUCCUCCUGGAGGACCUGGACCUCUCUGCCACCGUCAGUGGCUGGUACAAGCUGUUCCCUACCUCCUCUCUGGCAGACCCCAGCAUCGGACCCCUCACCAGACGCCUCUCUCAGUCCUCCCUGGAGAGUGCCACCAGCCCCACAUGCACCUAGACACCCAGCAGACGUCCGACACGCACACAGAGCGCAGACACAGACACGCAUACUGUACAUACACGACGACUGUAUUAGCGUGACGCAGUUAGGCAUACACCGUUCAGCGGCACGUCCCAGGUCCCAUAAACGUCACUCGCCCACACACUCUUCCAUAUCCAUUACUACUCACCAACUAAAUCGACGUAGACACAAGCAACCUGAACAUGUAGCGUUCUUCAUUUCACAGCAGAGGGCGCCAUACCUUCCUGCGUUCCAAGUCGUCAGACCUGCGCGUCUCAUUCCAGGGCCAUCCCGAUCGAUGCCAGUUUCUAAACUCUCUAUGCCAAACUAAGAAAAAGAACUUUAUUUUUUAAAACCAAAGCAAUUGUUAUUGUUGUUCUUAUUAUUCCUAUAAGUAGUAGUCAAAACUAGUAUACAAUAUAAAGUAUGGAUAUGUAGCAGAGUCAAUGACUUGUUGAUGUAAUGCAAAAAAAAAGAAAAAAAAAGAUGUAUUCUACACACACACACACAUAAAACUAGAGCGGGAUGUCAAACACAUAAACCUGGCUCGGAUGUUCACAUAAUGGCUGUUAUGUGAGGUAGCAACACUGCUAUAUUCUAUGAUUUUCACAGGGCAGAGUUUAUACAUGAAUAUAUAAAUAUAUAUGAAUAGAUAGCUUCUAUAUGUAUUGGCUGCAUUCUGCAUGCUUUGCUUGCGAGACAUUAUUGAGAGUGCUUUAAAGUCUUUUUAUUUAGCUUGCCUUGACUGAUAACGGGAGUACAGUGCUGCCGCUUUGUUUUGCCGAUACGUCCCGACGAAAA